AUGUCUAACGUAGAGAGCAAUGGGGGCCUUAACCGCCAAUUCAAGCUCAUAUCUGUCAAUUUCAAAGAGGCAGCACUAGACUCGCCAACGUUCAGGGCAAGCACAAACCAUUUAGACAUUCAGGUGGGCAAUAUAGAAAAAUGGAUGAAAGCAUUGGUGAGUUCAGUGAAGAAAUUUCCACGAUAUGUGACGGAGUUUCAAGGGUUUGCCAACUCUUUUCUCGAGAGCUUUCUUCCCACGUUUCUCCAGGAUGGUUUAAUAGACCAGGAGUACACGAUUGAGUCGUUGCAGUCGACAGCAAGUGCUUUGGGAGAUGUAUGGAUACAUACUUUUGAGUCGUUGAACUUUGAAACAUCUUGGGUUCAGGAAUUAUCGUCGAAGAUCAGUCGACAGAUACAAAGAUACCGGGAAAUAAAGGUGAAUUUUGAUGCUGCACAAGAAAAAUUCGACAGUUACUUGAACAUCUAUGUUGCGCAAGCGAAGACUAGAGAACCCCAUAUGGUCAAAGAGGAUGCCUACAAUCUCUACGAAGCACGUAUAUCGUAUUUGCACGAGUCCUUGGAGCUUGUGUUGGCUUUAAAUGCUCUCAACAGAAUUUGUGAUGAGGUUCUUAUAUCGCUUUGUCUGAAGGUUUGGGACAAUAGAAUUGGACUGCUAGCUUCAGAGAAGGUACUUCCAAACUUCACCGAGAGCUACAAGCGAAUGAAAAGAAUACAAGCGUGGUCUGCUGCGUACGGUCAGGCCGACGAUAAACUCAAAGACGACAUGGUGAGAGCUCGUGAACAAGUGGAAGAAAGCACCAAAGAAGCGGCAUUUCCCUCGAGUAAUACUGAAGACUACAAUGUGGCUCAUAUCAAUGGCAGUGUUCUUGCGGACUGCGAUGAAACUGCGGUGGAGAAACAUGGGUAUCUUUUCAUGAAGACUACGGUAGGAAAGUCUACAAGACCUAUGUGGGUUCGAAGAUGGGUUUUCGUUAAAGAUGGAGUUAUGGGAAUGCUCUUGUUGAGUCCGUCGCAAACAUAUGUUCAGGAUUCCGAUAGGAUUGGAAUCAUGCUUGCCAAUAUCCAGUACACACCUAAUGAAGAGCGGCGGUUUUGCUUCCAGGUGAAAACAGCAGAUCUAACAAUUGUGUUUCAAGCGGAACGGCUCUCUGAACUCAAGUCGUGGUUAAAGGUGUUUGACAACGAAAGGGACCGGAUUAUGAGAGAAAACUGCGAUGACAACUCGCUCAUGAAAAUCGCAUCCAGUCGCUAUCCACCAAUCGUAGCGGAAUUUGCUUCAACAGUCAACACUAAAAUUGACAAAAGAUUGUCAAACUUGCGUAUAACCAACUCCGACCACCAAGCUGUUGCGUCCAGCAAACUUUCGUCCCACAUUUCCAGAAACGAAAAGUAUUUCAAAGAGCAUGUAUACGACCAUGUGGGAAAAAUACGUACUCCUUUCACCACCCACAACACAAACUCUGCUAUUGUUGCCUACUCGUUAGCAACGGCUACAAUUGUUCCUACUGCAUUGACGGCUAACAUUUGGGGAUCAGUAAACUGGGGACUUUAUUAUAUUAAAGGCGGCUUCCACGACGAUAUUGGAGAAACCGACCAAACUGACGACUCGCUAGGUAUACCGUCUCAUGCUCACAACACCGAAUCUGGAAUUCGGUACCCCACAUCGUAUCCGCAUCGUCUUGUACCUUUUGAUAUCCAAAUGAGAGCACUUAUGGAGUCUGCAAUUGAACCUGGGGAACUUUGCUUGUUCACAUACCGAAACAUAUGGAGCCCCAACACCUCUCGAGAUUUGGGCGGAAGGGUGUUCACCACAAGGUACCAUGUAUAUUGUUACGUGAACCAAUCUGGUUUUCUUUCUUUGUUUAAGGGAAACUUAAGCGGCGUUUAUUCCAUAGAGGUUUCUCAAAACGAGGACCACGACAUCUUGAGAAUGUAUACCGAGGACGGGCUGGUCAAGUUUCGGGUUUUCCUCGAUUCUGGUGUGGUUAUAAGGGACAAAUUAACGUUUCUCAUCAGUAAUCUUGCCAGUGAGACACCAGCCUCAUUUGAAGAGAUCAUAGAGAAACUAGACGAGAUCGAAGCCCGGCACAAAAACCAAGUUACGUCUCCUCUAUCAGGCCUCAAUGUUCAAAACUCAGAAGAACUUAACUCUACCGAGUUGAUAACAAAUUUCAAGGCGACAGAGUUCAAACUUGAUUUCACAGACAAGUACCAGCUUUUUUCACGCAAGACAUAUCCUUGUUCUCCAAAGACAUUGCUUCAUGCAAUUUUGGGAGAGAGGUCAACUUUCUUCAGUGCUUCUGCCUUGUAUCCCACGAUGGAUAAGUAUCUCAGAGCGCCGUGGUGCAAGCAUGAAGAUGGAACCCUCUCCCGUACAUUUAAUGCACCGGUUUUGGCAGAGUACAAAAAGGGAGAGUUACGGUUCGAACAAGCUAUAGAGGGCUCUUCAGAGGAUGAAUAUUACAACAUUUCUCAUUCAAAGGCAUACUUGAAGUUUGCAAUCGGCGCCAGGUUCAAAGUCACCACGAGGAUUGUUAUCGUGGGCGCUCCCAACUCCAGCAGCAAAGUCUACAUUUACGGCAGGGUUGACUCUGAGGGCAAGCAAAUCACAUCAAAGAUUAUCUCUUUCCUCAGUUACCGAUUUUUGCGGCUUGAAAGUAUCCGUCUUAAUCAAGUUUUAGCCAAAGUCCGUGAGGAAGUGGGCUCCAAGGGUCAAGCGUUGCGAGCAAUUCAGAUCUAUGGAAAGCUCAGAAUGACAGCUGAAAAUUCGGCAGUUACCGAAGAGGCUCCUACGCUAGAAUUCAAGUUUGGCGAAUUGGUGGACCUGCUGAUCAAAAGAACGAUCAACUUGUUUUUUGGAAUUAUCACGUUCAUUAUUGUCUACCUCAUCAAAGGUGUUAGAAAUUUGUUUAAGAGUUUGCGUAUGAACAUAUUUCUCACUUUCCUCUUGAUCUCGUCUGUUCUUCUCAAUGUUAUUCUCAUGGGCAGAUCCACGUUGUCGUACUGGACGGUGAGAAGAGCAGGAACCAUUGCCCACACGUAUAUUACCAAAGAACCCAUGAUGCUCCUGCGGGCCAUUUACAAUAAAGACAUUCAGGAUCUCGUUCAAAAGAAGGAAGUUCAGCUCAACAGCUCCUCUUCUCAUUGUUACGAGAUAUUCAAGAACUCGUCCUUCAUCUUGAAUGCGGACCAUCCCGGCAAAUGGGACGAUGAUUAUGCCGACGACCCCAGCAGGCAGGUUGCUCGAAGUCUAAGAAGUGCGUUUCAAGAUGUUGGAAUUCAACGUCAUGAGCUCCUUGUCAAGCUACAGCUUCUCAACCAGGUGGAAAAAGAUUUAGUCAUCUCAGAGUAUCGCAAUUGGAUUGCAAGUGAAGUUCGUCGUUGCCAAUAUGUGCAAGAAAACCUUGUUCACCAAGUUGCAACCAAAGAUGAAGAUUUAUCAUUCCUUGAGUUUAGCACCGGAAUGGAAAAGCUUCUUGAGCACUGCGCCGAAUGCUCAGACGAGAUGAGAACCUGGGGCGUGGACGAUACUCUCAAGGGCCUUCUUUAG